GGAGGAAACAACGCUGAGGAUGAGUUGAUAAUCGUCAUUAAGAGUCAUUUAAUGGACCCCUGUCCUGUCAGGAGGGAGCUAUAUUUAUUCAAGCAUGGACAGCGAGGGGAGAAAAGUGGUGGUCUGCGACAAUGGGACAGGGUUUGUCAAAUGUGGCUUUGCCGGAUCCAACUUCCCCGACCACAUCUUCCCCGCCAUGGUGGGUCGACCACUCAUACGAUCAAACACCAAAGUGGGCAACAUCGAGAUGAAGGACCUGAUGGUGGGCGAUGAGGCCAGCGAGUGCCGGUCCAUGCUGGAGAUCUCCUACCCCAUGGAGAACGGUAUGGUGCGCUCCUGGGAGGACAUGCUCCACCUGUGGGACUACACCUUCGGGCCCGACCGCCUGGACAUCAACCCAUCAGAAUGCAAGAUCCUGCUGACCGAGCCGCCCAUGAACCCCACCAAGAACCGGGAGAAGAUCACGGAGGUUAUGUUUGAGAAGUACCAGUUCCACGGCAUUUAUGUGGCAAUUCAGGCCGUGCUCACUCUGUACGCUCAGGGUUUACUGACCGGCGUGGUCCUCGACUCGGGGGACGGUGUCACCCACAUCUGUCCGGUGUAUGAGGGCUUUUCUUUACCCCAUCUCACACGCAGGCUGGACAUCGCAGGACGUGACAUCACACGGUACCUCAUCAAGCUCUUGCUUCUCCGCGGUUACGCCUUCAACCACACGGCAGACUUCGAGACUGUGCGCAUGCUGAAGGAGAAGCUCUGCUAUGUGGGAUACAACAUCGAGCAGGAGCAGCGCCUGGCCGAGGAGACCACCUUCCUGGUGGAGUCGUUCACACUCCCCGACGGCCGGCAGGUGAAUGUGGGUGGCGAGAGGUUCGGGGCCCCUGAAGCUCUCUUCCAGCCUCACCUCAUCAACGUGGAGGGAGCAGGAGCGGCUGAGCUGCUGUUUAACACCAUCCAGGCUGCAGACAUCGACCUCAGGGCAGACUUCUAUAAGCACAUUGUUCUGUCCGGAGGGACCACCAUGUACCCCGGACUUCCAUCCAGGCUGGAGAGAGAGAUCAAGCAGCUCUACCUGGAGAGGGUGCUGGACGGAGACACUCAGAAACUAUCGAAGUUUAAGAUCCGCAUCGAGGACCCUCCCCGGCGUAAACACAUGGUGUUCCUGGGCGGCGCGGUGCUCGCCAACAUCAUGAAAGACAAGGAGUCCUUCUGGCUGAGCAGGGCAGAGUACGAGGAGAAAGGCCUCGGGGUGCUGCAAAAUCUGGGAGGUGGAGUCAGAUAGAAAUAAAAUGUGUAAAGGAAAACACCAUCACGAGAUGUUUCAAUUUAGAAAAUGGCAUUCCUGCUCGUUCUGGAACAGUUAAUCGACUGACACAAUAUUGACAAUUAGAUCAUUUAUGAAGCUUUGUUUUUGGUUUAUGUCGUUGU